CAACAGACUCGUGACAAACACAAUGAUUUCGUUCAACUGCUUAUGGAUGCGAAUAAAGAUAGUGAUGACAACACUAGGGAUGAGAAUGAUAUCAAUGAAUCACAUCAUGUGAAUGAAGGGGAGGAAGAGUUGGCGAUAAAACAGAAGACAUUAAAUAUAAAUACUAUUCACAAGAAGCUGACUGAGGAUGAGAUACUGGCGCAGGCGUUGGUAUUUUUGUUGGUCGGGUACGAGACAACGGCCAGCACUCUGUCAUUCUGUACAUACGAAUUGGCGCUCAAUCCCAGUGUUCAGGACAUACUGUAUGAGGAAAUCAGUUCCGCCAUCGAUUCCGAUGGAGAGAUCAGUUACGAAGAGUUGUCUCGACUGUCGUAUUUGGAUGCCGUCCUGUCGGAGACACUUCGCCUCUACACUCCGUUCCCCAGACUCUCGAGGAUCGCAUCGACUGACUAUAAAUUAGGCAAAACUGGGAUCAAUGUAUCGAAAGGACAACAAAUAGAAAUCCCGGUUUACGCUAUUCACCACUCGGAGGAAUAUUUUGAAAAUCCAUUCAAAUACGACCCUGAUCGAUUCCUGCCACAAAACAGACAUAAGAUCACACCUUAUACUUACUUACCCUUUGGUGCCGGUCCUCGCAAUUGCAUAGGAAUGAGAUUUGCGUUGAUGGAGACAAAGGUAUGUUUGGCUCAUAUCAUCAGAAGAUUUAAAUUCUUCGCCACCGAUAAGACAGACGUUCCCCUCAAAUACAAAAGAUCAUUGAAUUUGACUUCUGCUCAACGGAUUGUCGUCGGCAUUGAAAGCAGAGUUUAAAUGAAUUUUUUUUACAUUUAAUU